UUCCAAAGAUGCCAUCCAGUUGGCUUUUCCCUGCAUUUGCAGAGAAAUGCCUUUGAAUCAGUCAUAAUGUUCUGUAGCAGCUGUAAGAUCUAGUGCUGGAAAGUGUCUUAUAGAAUCUCAUCUAUAAUGGGAUGAUAACACCUGCUCUUACCUACCUUGUAGCUCAUCCAGUAAACGUAUUACCAUCCACAUUAACGACGUCGAAAGUAGCCUACUUUAAGAGGAAAUAUGCAGAAGAAGAAGAUUUACAUCAAGAUUACAAUGGGUAUUUUCCAAAACACCUGAUAUUACCAGAAGACCGGACCUGCAUUCUUAAACUUUCACUAGAGAAGCUCAGGUUUCUUGAAGACCCUGAAACCUAUCUUCGAAGGUCUGUGCUGAUCAACAAUUUGUUGAGGAAGAUCCACCUGGAGGCGGAGAAAGAGAGUUAUGAAUACUUUAAGGAAGCUCCCUGUUAUAGGACUGCUUAUUCUGAUACAAGAAAACGGCUGAAGUUUAUGGUACAAGAAUGCUGCUCUCAGUCACUCUAUUAUGAAGAGCUGCAUUCGUACCAUAUUGUGCCUUAUUCUGCGGAGAAUGCCAUUUAUGGAAUGGGCUACACUAGCAGCCACUUGGAGCAAAAUUCUCAGUUGCUUAUUUAUAAAAUGAAUUAAAGCAACUGUUAGGUUGAUUUCCUAUUUUUGUUUCUAAAUGCUUGAACUGUUUUGAAAUGAACAGGGUGCACUGACUGCUCAGUGCAUUUAGGAUCAAAGCUGAGAUGCACUUUGAACUGAAUGGAAGAGUACUUUGAUUAAUAUUUAGCAGUCCUUAGUAUCAUCAUAUCAAAUCAAAAUUAUGUCCAUACAUUCUAAAGUUUGAAGAUAAAGUGCUUUUGGACACUGAGAUCUCUUUUAAGAUAUGGUUUCUAAUGUAAAAUUGUUCAUGCAGAUUUUUAGACAUUUUCAUCUAUAUUUGUUAUACCACCAUGGGUGGAGAAUAAAAAAAACUGAAAAAAGGAACAAAUUCACCUGACAGUGUAGUCUCAAUGGGGAUAAUGUAUGGUUUGAAUUUAACAUCCUUUAAAAGAUGAGAAAGUGGGAAGGUACUUUCAGAAAUGCUUCAUGUGUUUCUAAGCAUUUGUGCCAAAGCAUUUGCUGGGCACAAUUCUCAGCCCCAAGAGCUAGAAUUCAAAAUGGGGCAGCAGAUCCUGUAAAUUCAGAAUAAAACAGAUUUUUUCGGGGGGAAAGAGACUUUAAAUGGCUCCACUAAAUUGUGCUCAGUUUUACUCAUCUCAUGGCUUAGUAGCCUUUGUUGCUGAGCAGUAAAAUGUAGUGAACCCUAUGUCUGGGUCUUGUUACCAGUCACAGUUUGUGGUGGGUCACUACUAAAUAGGGAUAAUUUUAUUUAAUUUAUUUAGUCAUCUAUGUUGUAGGCUGUGGAGCCUGGGGAAAG